UGGAUGCCGGCUCUUAGCUAAGAAAGGAGCGAGGGAAGGCUUGUCUGUCCCUGGCAGCUGGGUGAGUGGGGGGCCCUCCACUGGCCUCUAGCCCUCCGGUUGCUAAUGUCUCUCAGGGCCGAAGACCAGGCAGGCUUCCCACAGCAGGACCCCCCCAGAGCCAAGAAAGGGGGCAUCAGGAGGCGACUCGCCCGGCUCUUCUCCAGAAGUGAGAUCAGCCUGACGGAGCUGCAGCGGAAGCAGGGCAUCAGGGAUGGCCCCAGCGCCCCAGGUGCUGCAGCCCACCAGGAUGGGAAAGGGAAGGACAGGAGGAAAGAGAAGAGGAGCAAGUUGCAGGGGUCUUUGGAGAGGAUGACCGAGGAGGACAAGAUCUCAGCUGGGGGAAGACGCAGCGAGAAGCCCCCCCAUUCCAGCGGGCCCCAGAAGGCAUCUUCGAAGCUGCAUGCUCUCAGCUACUCGGAGUCCGACCUCUGGAGGAAUGGCCUCCUGCGGACGUUUGGGACCCUGCCCUGGCGGAGGCGGCAAAGCAGCCAGCUGGCGCUCUCAGGCACUGGCACUGGUAGUACGGGUCAUCUGGGGAGCUCACUGGGCCAGUCCUGGCCUUUCACACGGCUACAGAGACCUGCGGUCGGCAGUGAUUUGGAUAUGGCAGGCCAGCUUGACUUGUGCUCUGCUGGGAACCUGGUCGGAGAGCAGGAGACUCCAGAGCCAUCUGCUUGGCCCAUGGACACGGGGAAUUCGAAGCCAGCCACACCCAGCCAGGUGGAAAUCUUCACAUCCUUUGACUCUCUGCUGGACAAAGAAGAUGGGAGCUCCUGGGGAGAAUCUGUCUCCGUUGGCAGCACCUCCCUGGACUUCCCUGCCAGCCCCAAGAUGCAGGGGGAAGACUAUAAGUAUCCAGCCUCCCAGGAGGAACCCAGCAGAGCCCCAGAGCCUCUGACAGAAUGGGCUGAAAGCCUUUUCCAAGAGUAUUUAGACUCAGAGACCUUCCGCCCUAAGGCAGCGGGACAGCCAGACCAUGUGAGCCAUGGCCAUAGGGGAUCUAUCUCUGAACCCGAGACCUGUCCGUUCGCCAGUCCUUCCUAUAAUCAAAUCAGCAGGAUGGAGGAACCUGCAAUAGGCAGGGAAAGCCCGGAACGGCCUCUGGAGACUAUCCGGGGGGUUGAACCUGCCCCUGCCAAGAGGCCUGCGAAGAUCCGCUACGAGGUAAUGAUCACUCUGACCAACGAGCAGGAAGAGGCUGUGAAGAGCAGAGCAGAGGAUCUGCCUAGAGUAUGUGGGAAUGGACUGGGUUCCCACAGAGCCGCGAAGCCAGCUGGGGAAGCAAGAGUUUCUCAGGAGGUUGCUGAUUUGCAGAAAACGGAUGAGCAAUGUCAUGGGGAACCAGCCAGACCGGCUCCCCAGCUGGCAGCAUGCAAGGAAUUCCAAAACUUCAUGUUGCAAAGGGAGGGUACUGCUGGGGUGACCAGGCAGGUCCGCCCAGGCACAGGGUGCCUGGUGACACCGCUGCAAGGAUCAGUGCCCAGCCCCAGGCAGACACGGGACUGGCAGGAACAGAACCUGUCCCACUGCAGGGAUCUCUUGGUAGCGGAGGGGAGAGCCGUCCGUGUGGCAGGAGCCCCGGCCAGCAGCGCCCCCAGCUCCUUCGGGCCGUGCAGAGACAGCGAGGAGGCCCAGUCAGAGAGAGCCUGUGACGCUGGGACGGGGCUAGACAAGAUGAAGAAGGUCGGCGGUAGCGCCUGCACCCAUCACCUCAAGCCGGGAAAGUCGACCCAGAGCACCUGGUUCAGCUGGAAGAAAGCGCCUGCUGAUCAGCCCGAGGAAGAGGCCAAGCCCUGCGUCCGCAAGGUCUCCCUGCUGUCGCGGAGGUUAGAGGCCGCCGCCAGCCCCUCCCGGGUGGCGAUGCUGCUGGAGGCCUGGGAAAAGGGGAUAAUAGGCAGGGAAUCUGUAGACUUGCCUUCUCCAACAGACAGCAGCUGCUCCCGAUCUCCCGGCCCGCAGAAGGAUUUCUCUGAACACACCCCUGUGUUCUCACAGAUCUAUUCGCCAGUUCAAAAGGAGACGAGGCCGACAGAAAGGGGAAAGCAGGCUGCUGAUAGCACUACAGUCACUGAAUCCCAGAAGGGUGGUUGCCUGCCGCGCGCUGCCAGCACCGCUAUACCCACUGGAUCCCCAAGAGAAAGCCACACGCCCAGUGCUAGUAGCACCACUAUACCCACUGGAUCCCCAAGAGAGAACCACAUGUCCAAGUGA